CAGGCCCAAACCCUUUGGGCCCAGGGUCCCCAAUGGGCCCAGGAGGGCCUGGAGGAAUAAAGAAAAAAAAAAUGGAGGCAGGUUAAGGGGGUUGCUUUAACAAGCACUUCUGAGCACCUCCGUUCUGAGCACUCAGGGAGCAGAGAGGAGCAUGACAGGGCCGGUCUCAGGAAUGGCCCCUGACAGGACUGCAAUAUAUACAAACAACUCACUCAGCAAGUAUUUAUUCCAAGCAUCUCCCAGGUGGUCAGAUUAAUUUAGCAUAAAAACAGAUGCGGGAGGGGAGGUGAAGGGGGGAUGGGUUAAAUGGCUGAUGGGGAUUAAGGAGGGCACUUGUUGGGAAGAGCCCUGGGUGUUACACGUAAGUGAUGGAUCACUAACUUCUACUCCUGAAACUAAUGUUACACUGUAUGUUAACCAGCUGGGAUUUAAAUAAACACUUGAAACUACAAAAAACAAAACAAAAAGAAAACACUGAACAGACAAAACUCCCAGCCCUCCUAGAGCUUACAUUCUACUUGAACAAGAGAAAUGACAAACCAUAAAAUGUGUUAGGAAGUGAUAAAUGCUGAGCAGAAAAAGAUGGGGUGGUGUCACCCCUGCCGUGUGACCUCCCAGAUAUGUGUGACCUUCUCAGACUGGACUGGGAGCCUGGUGAUUGUCAAAGCGGGUCUUCCUUAUCCCUCCCAGACCUCUCCCACAGUUCUGGCAUAUCCAGGGGAUUGGGACCCACAUGCACCACUUGGACCUUCUUUUGGGAGGCAGGGAGGAGGAAGGAAGCCCUAGUUCCGGCAUUCUUGCCGGCAGGUGGGAAUUGAGUAGCUCUGCAGGAUGCGAGCAGGGUCUGUCUCCUGUGGCAUGUCUAAGGGGCUGGCCCACUGAAGGAAGCCAAUGGCUACUUCUAAUUGCCAAGAGCCAAAGGGAAACCAAAAGUUGUUUAUUUUUUUAAAAACUCAUUUCUGGAAGAUUGGCAGGCUCUCCCCAUCUAUACUGUAAACCAGAGGUUACAACAUGGUAGCUUGUACACUGGAUCUGGCCUGAUCCCCUGUUCCGUUUGACCAGUCCAGACUGCACGGCGGGGGUCUUGGACUUGGAAAGCAGAGCAUAGGCAGCAUGGAACUCUCCCCUCUACACACAGCAAUUGGCUGAGGCUGAGCUGUAGGCUCCGUUUUGUUACAGACAUCACCGGCCCCCUUCACUCCUCAUUAACAACCUGGGAGAUCCUCCGCGAAGAUGAGACUGUACCUGGGAGUCUUGGGGUCCCCAGCAUCCAGCAAUGUUACCUGGCGCGUUAUAUUUCAAAUUACUAUUCUGUCAUGUCUUACCUCUCUCCUCACGCAAUGCCUACUCCCCAAUCUUUUUCUUAAGAAGGAGCCUUGUAUUCUAUAUAAAUGCAUCCACAGUUGUGCAAUAAGAUGAAGGGAACUCAGAAAACUGAGGCCAAGUGAUUCGGCCAGUCGUGGCGGGUGAGAACGCCCCUGCCACCCUCAUCUUCCUCACGGCCUCUCAGUAGCGAUCACACACAAUGCCAGGCUUGCCUUGGGAAAGGCUGAGGCUUUUAUGGUAAUGCAUAGUGGUUUGGGGAAAUACUAAACGGGGGAAGAAGGCCUGGACUCAUCUUUUUGGUGGUUGAGGAUCAGUCAGAACGUGGGGGAUUCAUCCUGUUCCACUCUUGCUGCUUCUGCCUCCCUGAUACCUGGUGAGUCCACAUCUAAGGCAAAUGCUUUUAAUAGGAUCAGUUUGGAAAGCCGCUUGAGAGGCCAGGGAUCUCAUACACAGUUCCCAGAUCUAUGGUGUCAAUGAAAAGAAGAGAAGCUGAAAAUUUUUACCUGGUACUCCAGGGCAGCCAGCUUCUCCCGCGUCCCCUUUGCUUCCAGGAGGCCCAGGGGACCCUGGGAGUCCAUCCUCACCCCUCCUGCCAUCCGGCCCAGACUCUCCUUUGCACCCUGCAUGAGAGUUCACGACGGCAUUGGUGAGAAUGGCAGGACACGGGCUAGUCCUUCCGGCCCGGGGCUCCCCCUUCGGACUGCACUGCAUUUGCUCACGUCGUCUUCCCAGAUACAUGGAGUUGGGAUUGUACUAUGUCGGCUUGGUGGUGGGGUCAUUAGGCUCUGAGAGAUCAAGCCAUUUGCUUAAGUAAAAGCCAGUCAUGGGCAGAGCCAGGAUUUGGAGCUAGACCAGGGAGAUGUUGGAAGAGAGGUCUUCACGCUUCUUCAUAUUCUUGUAUAUUUAAUUUUUUUUAUAUCGAACAUAUCUGAUGUCUAUAAUUCAAUAUUAGCCUUAUUAAUGAUUUUUUUAAGAAAGCUGAGUGGAGGAAUAAGUAAAACUUAAUAGGAUUCAUUGGGAGUCAAGUUACAUUUGGAGCAAGAUAAGAGCAGCAGUUUUUUAAAAUAAUAAUUGAGGGUUCACAAGGUGGGAGGUACCAGCCUUUACGUGGAUUAGCCAAUUUGGUCUUCUCAACAGCCACAUGACCAGGCGCUCUCGUAUGUCAGCCUGCCAGUGGGGAGACUGAGGGUCAGGAAGGUGACAGAGCUGGUCCUGCGGGUUGAGGAACCGCGCCCAGGCAGGCUUCAUGACAAGCUGCGGAGCUCAGGUGUGCCCCCUGGAGGACGUAAACUGGGGGCCUGGCAGCAGUCACACGGAUACUCGAGGGGUUCAAUGUUUGGUUCCUUAUGUCCGAGGCAUCAAAUCAUUAGCCACAAUCUCCUCUCAUGAGUAGCAGAUAGGGUCCUUGGCUGUGGAGGAGUGUUUUGCCAUUAGCCUGAAUUCCCUGCAUUACUAGCCCCCCAAGGGUUCUGGUUUCUACCUGUUCUUCGCUCUCCCUUUCCCGCUCUCUCUGUUCUAUCUUUCUCUCUGCCACGAAUUAGCCUAAAACGAACCAUGAAGUCAGAGAGGGCUCACGUUUUCACUCUUGGACUUGUUCUUCAAGUCAAGGGAGUGGGGAGCUACCUGAGGGUUGAGAGCGGGGGACUGGAUGCUCGGGUGAUCAGCUGGAUGUCCCACUCGGUUUCCUGUCUCCCACAGAACCCCCUCUUACAGCCAUUUGAAAUGCAUGCCCCUCCAAACCUCAGUGCUUUUGAAAACCUGUUCUAAUAUUUCCUGCUUGAGAGUGUCCCAUGCAAACCUCCUCUGUCCCCACCACCAGCCAGUCCGUCCCCUCCACAUCCCAUGCUGGUAUCCCCAGUAUGCCUGGCUUUUGGGGUACUGUCAUUUCUCUUUCCACUUCCUUGGGUUUUAAACAAAUUCUCUUGGAUUGUCAUGCAGUUCCUGGACUGCAUUCUGUCCAUGAUCAUCAUUCAGGAGGUGAGAAAGGAAACCUCUCCCUCUCCCCAUCUGGGUGAGAGACGCCCUCUCCUUUCCAGUAACUGGGCAGAAGCCUCUUUCCGGGUGGGGCUGCUGUGCGCUGGCUGGCAUAUUCCGUGCCACCAGCUUCAAAGGGAACAUCAGUUACUUCGGAAGGAACACAGGGCCCUGAUGGUGAGCUGAGAGCAUUCUUUUCUCUCCCACCCCACGAGAUGAUUGCAACAUGGGGCCACUGUGCUAUUCUGGAAAGGGCUGCCCAAGUGUUGACAAGCCAACAAAUGGUCUGAUCAUUGAAAAGGCCACAGGCAUCUUCCUGAAAUAUCAACGUGCGGCAGGAUCACUGUCGAUCUGGAGAAAGAGCUCCCCCACAAGAUGUUGAGAUAUAGGCUUUGUUCCCUUUGGAGAAAUUGUCAGGCAAUUUCCAGAGAUAGGAAGGAAGGCCUUUUUAACCGAGUUGUGUGCCUACGUCUUUCCCUAUGUGGACUUGUUCUCCACUUGGAACUUGUUUCAAGGACUAGAGCUACAUCUAAAAGCCCUCCAGUGUUUGAUGGAUUACCUCCUCGGAGAGCGUCACAUGUUGACUUGAAGAUUAAACACACUCUAACAGGAUGUGGGGAUGUCCAUUAGGCGGUAACAGUUCAAACCGAUAUGGAAACCACCUUUGUGUUCAUCCCAGGAAGCCCCAGCCUUUGAGGGCCCCCCGGGGAAGGAAAAGUUAUAGAUCAAAGAGACGUGCGAGCAGAAAAACUGGAGGCCUUCCAUGGUGGAGGACUCUUAACAGAAACAAAUUAUAUUUAGUGUGGCUGUUACCCACUCACCCUGGGCAGCAAAGAGCCAGAACUUUGUUUUUUUCUGUAUAGAUCUCGGCUACAGCACCAGGUUACAAAAUCAGCUUAGCAAUGAAAGAGGUUCGGAAGGGAAAACAAGAAGAAGCCAACAACGUCAUCUGAAGUGGAGGUGGUCCUUCCCAGUGGCAGCUGAUCCUUCGCAACCGACCUCGGGGGCAGCACAUACGACCCCCAACACCGAGCUGAAAGAAUCACCUUCAGGAGAGGACAGAUGACGAGCCACAUGCCCUGAAGAUGACCCAAGUCAGCCAGGGUUCAGCUGCUUUGGACCCUCAGGAUAGACUUACUGCUUUUCAGCAACUGGACAGUGUGGCCAAUGUAUCCAGGGUGGCCAGCAGAAACAGGCAGGGGAAGGGGGCCAAGGAAUAUACUGCAGGCAAAGAGGGUCCUUUACAGCAAGAGCUGGAGGCCCAUGUCAGAGAAGAGGGAGCCAAAAGGGAACACUGGCAUGGGAGUGGGUGCUUGGGGGAGGGCAGAAAGGAGCUCCAGGGAAGCUGAGCCAUGGAGCAGCGUAGCACCGCUAUGAGACCAAUGGGUGGCACCUCGCGGGAAGGGCUGUGCAAUUGUCUUUUUUUUUUUUUAACAUAACUGUCAUAUUUUGUGGCGCAACGGUGGCCUCAGGUGCCCCCACUGCCAGCAGGCAGGGUCAGUGACAUCAAUAAGGAGAGGGCACAGAAAGCCAGAGAAGACCUUCUGAGGCCACCUGCAACCAGAUAAGCUCAUCCGACCCCAAGUUGGGCAGAACGAGAGAUGACUCACAGGUGAUCACUCGCAGCUGGGCCCAUGUAGGGUCGCCUGUCAGCGCUCUUUCAGAAACCCACAGUCUAUGGACAGAGAAUCCUGAAUGUGCCCAAGAUAACUAUUUGCCCUUUUGUUUUUUUCUUCUCAGUCACUUUCUUUGGUUCUUUUCCAAAGCCACCGCAAUGGGUGAGCCCAACCGCCCAACUGGUCUCAACUGGUAUUGGGGGCAGCAGCGGGUCAUCUGGGGAGCUUUUCCAAAACACUGAUCCUCGGGGUCUGCCUCCUUCUGCAUCCCAUUGGUCUGGGAGGAGGCAUCGCUCUCGUUUCCAGCCCCUCCAUAGCGAGGACUGAGUCCCUAGGGAUGGCGUCGCUCUUAGCUGACUCUUUUAAGGACAGCACUCAUAUAAUAUGGUUAGGGUUUCUCAAACUUGAAUAUACAUAUAAAUAUUCUGGGAUCUUGUUAAAAUGCAGAUUUUAACUUGGUAGGUCUGUGCCUGAGUGGCUACUGGUCCUUGGACCACACUUUGAGUAGCAAGGAUGCAGCCCACCUACCCCACCUGUGCCCCCGCCAUCUCCCUGUUGGAAAGUCUGGUUCCUCAAAGCCCCGUCUCCCCUUAUAGGCUCUGUUCAAAGGCCGGCUCUUGCCUCGGUCUCAGCAGUCCUGCAGCCCUCCACACUAAAGUUCACCUCUCCGGUCCCAUUGUCCUCAGGCCUUUGCCAGAAACUCCUCGAAAACACAAACUAUGAACUCCCAUUAUUUAGAAUUACUUAUGUUCGGCUAGCUAUUUCUGCCAUGAGGUUGUGAGGCAUUGGAGGGGGAAAAACACAUCUUACUCAUGUUUGUAUUGCCCACAACACCUAGUACCAUACUUUCUAAAGAGCACAGAGGAUCUGGAAGUAUUUACUGAAAUAAAUUUGCAGAACCCCAGUACUGGCCAUAUCGUCUACUUGAAAGUAGAUUUUUUUAAAGGGGUGUGUAUAUAUGUGUGUGGGGGGGUCCCAGCCCUCAGUUGCAACUGUAUACAUAACAAGGGGGUUGGUUUGAAAAGUAGGUUGAGUGGCUUCCUUUCCAACUGGGGCCCCGGCAGAAUGGCUCCCGCGAAGAAGGGUGGCGAGAAGAAGAAGGGCCGUUCUGCCAUCAACAAGGCAGUGACCAGAGAAUACACCAUCAACAUUCACAAGCACAUCCAUGGAGUGGGUUUCAGGAAGCGUGCCCCUCGGGCACUCAAAGAGAUCCAGAAAUUUGUCAUGAAGGAGAUGGGGGCUCCAGAUGAGCGCAUUGACACCAGGCUCAACAAAGCUGUCUGGGCCAAAGGAAUAAGGAAUGUUCCAUACCGUAUCCCUAUGCGGUUGUCCAGAAAACAUAACGAGGAGGAAGAUUCACCAAACAAGCUCUACACACUGGUUACCUAUGUACCUGUCUCCACUUUCAAAAAUCUACAGACAGUUAAUGUGGAUGAGAACUAAUCACUGAUUGUCAAAUAAAGGUAUAAAACCACACACACACACAAAAAAAGUAGGUUGAGUGACGAGUGAUUCUGACGGACGCAGAGCUUGAUCCACGCAGUGAGUGACAAAGACCUAUGCUCACUUCCCAGUGUCCCCCACGCUGUUAAUGGAAGUUGCUCCAAGUGACACCCAAUUAACUUAGUGCAUAAACACAGAUGCAGUGCAGCAAACACAAACAAACCAAAACCACUACCACUAUGAGGGAGGCUCCAGGUUCUGGACGCUACCCAACAACUUCUCAGACGCCAACAGAGGGGAUAUCUUUUGGGCCCUUAGCUAUUUGGCUUUGGAUAACACACACACACACAAACAGGUGAUGCAAAACUCAAGUUCUAUUUCCAAUUCCUUUGUCCCCAAACCAGAAAGAGCCAAGGCCACACCUGGGCAGUGGGAAGCCAGGAGAGAGAAUGGCCUCCUGCCUCCUUGGGUAGUUUGCACACAGGCUAUCUAGAAUCCCGGGCACUGCCAAUUGGUCUGAAGAGAUCAGUGACCUUGAGCUGCCAGCCUGGACUCCCUAAUUUCUUUGUCAGUGACCAGUGUGAUGGGGAUCUGUGAAGAGAAAAUAAAGCAUCUGGAAGAUAGUUUUUAAAGGAAUGGUUUGUGAGUGAAAUAAGUCAAACAGAGAAAGACAUGUAUCAUAUGAUCUCACUGAUAUGAGGAAUUCUUAAUCGCAGGAAACAAACGGAGUGUUGUUGGAGGGGGGGUGGUAGGAGGGAUGGGGUGACUGGGUGAUGGACACUGGGGAGGGUGUGUGCUCUGGUAAGCGCUGUGAAUUUUGCAAGACUGUUGAAUCUCAGAUCUGUACCUCUGAAACAAAUAAUGCAAUAUAUGUUAAGAAAAAAAAAAAAGAAGA